GACAGCUGAUUUUACUUUGUGAAGACGUGUACUUACUCACUUUCUGUGCGGAUUUAGCCGUCUAGACAGCACACAUUUGUAUUUUUAUUCGUAACCUCACAUUACGUUUAACGUUACAUCGUCUGGCGACAUUAGUUUCCCCCGUAAUGGCGACAGUCGAGGAGCUCAAGCUGCGGGUGAGAGAGUUGGAAAAUGAAUUGAUAAAGUGUAAGCAGAAGCAGUGUGCCGUGGAGGAUGCCCAAAACCAGGAGCUUCACAGACCGAAGAUUGACAAAAUGAGCGCCGAAGUUGUGGAUUCCAACCCAUACAGUCGGCUAAUGGCUUUAAAGAGAAUGGGCAUCGUGGAUGAUUAUGAGAAAAUCCGGACAUUCACAGUCGCUGUGGUUGGUGUUGGAGGAGUUGGGAGUGUGACAGCUGAAAUGCUCACUAGAUGUGGCAUUGGUAAGUUGCUCCUCUUUGACUAUGAUAAAGUAGAGCUGGCCAAUAUGAACAGGCUGUUCUUCCAGCCUCACCAGGCAGGCCUCAGUAAAGUGGAAGCAGCAGAGCACACACUCAGGAACAUCAACCCUGAUGUGUCAUUUGAGACCCAUAACUACAACAUCACCACAAUGGAAAAUUUCGCACAUUUUAUGGAGCGCAUCAGUCAUGGGGGGCUGGAAGAAGGGAAGCCGGUGGAUUUGCUCCUCAGCUGUGUGGACAACUUUGAGGCCAGAAUGGCCAUCAAUACAGCCUGUAAUGAACUAGGUCAGAUCUGGAUGGAGUCUGGUGUCAGUGAGAACGCUGUAUCAGGACACAUCCAGCUCAUCAUUCCUGGAGAGACAGCAUGCUUCGCUUGUGCUCCUCCUCUGGUGGUGGCAGCCAACAUUGAUGAGAAGACCCUGAAAAGGGAGGGUGUGUGUGCUGCCAGCCUACCAACAACAAUGGGCGUGGUUGCAGGCAUCCUUGUGCAAAAUGUCCUCAAGUAUCUGUUAAAGUUUGGCACUGUCAGUUAUUAUCUUGGCUACAAUGCCAUGCAGGACUUCUUCCCCACCAUGGCUAUGAAAGCAAACCCCACGUGUAAUGACCGCCACUGCAGGAGACAACAAGAGGAGUACAAGAAGAAAGAAGCCGAGCGGCCAAAGGUUGAAGUUGUACAGGAAGAGGAGGAGGCGGUUGUACAUGAGGACAAUGACUGGGGUAUCGAACUAGUAUCAGAGGUGACUGACGCGGAGUUACAGGCUGCAUCAGGCACCGUGCCCGACCUCCCAGAAGGCAUCACUGUGGCUUACACCAUUCCAGCUGAGACUGCACCAUGUGGAGACACAGUGGAGGAGACUGAACAGAGCCUAGAAGACUUGAUGGCUCAGAUGAGAAAGCUGUAGGCAGAAAUCUGACAAUAUAUUUCUGCUGUUCAGAUCAGAUAUAAGCCUUUUCUCACGUGUCUAUUCCUUUGCUUUCUUUGAUAACAAGCAUCAUCAUGAAAAAGCCAACUAAUGUCAAAUAAAGAAUUACAGAAUUCUUCUGAAGAGGGGAAAUGCAUGAAAAGUGCUGCUAAUGGCAUUUCACUCAACACAAAACAUGUAAAAGCAGUCAAAUGUGUAAUUCGCUGAUUUACUGGGAAGGUGUUUAGCACUUGGAUUUGGUACAGUUGCUAAUGAAAACUCUGUAAACCUAGAAUAAUGUCACUGUUAAUGCAUUAACAUGUAUCACAAUGUGUAUUUUCUACGGUUUUGAUUAGUGAAUGAGCGUCCCUUACCUUUAAUGUAUGUGCUCUGUCAUUCACUCAGCUUUAAGAAAACAUCUACUGCAGCAGUACUGAUCAACAAUGUUUAAGUUGUCUCAACAAAAUAUUUAUUAAAUGGAAUACAAGCUC